UCGCUCAUACUCCCAUUGUUGUAGUCAUUUACACAUUCAUAUUGCAUAAGUUGUUUGUCUAUAUUUGUUACAGAUAAAGCCAUAUGAUGUGUUGAACUUUGCCAUUGAUGUAACAAGAUAUCAAUUCAUAUACUCGUCUGUGACAUCAAUUUCAUGGACAGUGUGUUGUGCGACUCCAGUAACAUAGUAUACGUUCAUCAUGAGUAUAAUAAGAUUUUUUUCAUGCGAAGCGUUUAGUGUCCAUAAGACAAAAGAAAUACUUCAGAAGCUAAGAGUCAUUGACCAUGAUGUGGUGGAGUUAUCUACUGAGCUGUGUUACCAUGUGGAGUUGGCCGAGGGCUGUGAAUACCUGAACAUAAAUCAAAUAAAGAUUCUGAAGUGGCUUUUGAGUUCCCCACUCGAGCACAAUUCUUUGAGGAAUAAUACUGUCUACACUAAUGUGAAAGAUAACCAGGUUAUUAUUGAAAUUGGGCCAAGAUUCAAUUUCUCAACAGCCGAUUCGAGUAACUCAGUCCAAAUUUGCGAAAGCGUCGGUGUACACGACGUGGUUCGCCUCGAGGUAUCAACCAGACACCUCAUCACCUUCAACAAAACCAAGAAUGUCUCGAAACAGCACUUUGAGGACUUGGCCUCAGUUUUGCAUGAUAGGAUGACGCAAUGUAUAUACACGUCGGACAAUCUGCCGAGGCACAGUUUCAAUGAGGGGCUGCCUAGUGAUCUGGAGCCAUGGUUUGUGGUGCCUCUUCAAAAGGAGGGACGACCAGCUAUGGAACGAGUCAACCAAAAACUAGGCCUGGCGUUCGAUUCCUGGGACAUGGACUUUUACACGGACCUGUUUGUAAAUAAACUGAAGCGUGACCCAACUAGCGUGGAGUUGUUCGAUCUAGCCCAGAGCAACAGCGAGCACUCUCGUCAUUGGUUCUUUAAGGGCAAAAUCAUACUGGACGGCAAAGAGAUCAACGAAUCAUUAAUUGAUAUGGUUGCUUCCACUCAAGCGACGUCGAACGAUAACAACGUCAUUAAGUUCGGUGAUAACAGCAGUGCUAUCAAAGGAUUCAAGCACACAAAACUAAAGCCGACCAACGUCCGAGCGCCAUCCCAAGUCACCCAAGAGGUCACUGAAUCCGACAUCAUUUUCACAGCGGAGACCCACAAUAUGCCCACCGCGGUGGCUCCGUUCAGUGGGGCCACUACUGGGACUGGUGGGCGUAUUAGAGACGUACAGGGGGUGGGGAGAGGAGGGCAUACUGUUGCUGGGACUGCUGGAUAUAGUGUUGGAAACUUGAACAUACCUGGCUACGAACUACCAUGGGAGGAAAAGAACUGGGAGUACCCGAGCAACUUCGCUAGUCCGCUGCAGAUCAUCAUCGAAGCGAGCAACGGCGCUUCUGACUACGGCAACAAGUUUGGAGAACCGGUUAUUACUGGAUUUGUUCAGUCAUACGGCCUAAAGAACGGCGAUUACGUGCGUGAGGAGUUCGUAAAGCCAAUCAUGUUCAGCGGCGGCAUUGGAUACAUGCCACAUUCCAUGAUCAAAAAGAAUAAGCCAGAUAAAGGCAUGCUUCUAGUGAAGAUCGGAGGGCCCGUGUACCGCAUCGGCGUGGGCGGCGGCGCGGCUUCCUCCGUCGCGGUGCAGGGCGGCGACUCGCGCGACCACGCGUUGGACUUUGGAGCUGUGCAGAGAGGUGAUGCUGAAAUGGGCAACCGUCUCAACAGAGUCGUAAGAGGGUGUCUUGAGGCUGACGUUAACCCGGUUGAGUCGAUCCACGACCAAGGUGCCGGCGGCAACGGCAACGUCCUAAAGGAGCUGGUGGAGCCCUCGGGCGCCGUGGUGUUCACGGCCGAGUUCCAGCUCGGAGACCCCACCGUCACCACCCUGGAGCUGUGGGGCGCCGAGUACCAGGAGAAUGAUGCGCUGCUGUGCUCUAAGGAGAACAGGACUCUUCUAGAAGAAAUCUGCCAUCGCGAGCGCUGCCCCGUUUCCUUCGUGGGCGAAGUGACCGGCGACGGUUAUAUGAGUCUCGUGGAGGGGCCGUUCAACGACCAGUACCUCAGCAGGAACGAGAGACUGAAACCUGAGAUCAAGCCCAAACUGCCGUACGAUCUCCACUUGGAGGCUGUCUUAGGAAAUAUGCCAAGAAAGACAUUCGACUUGCGCCAGGACAAGAGAACCAAGUUGCCACUUUCGCUACCAAAGGACGUCACCGUAAAAAGUGCACUGGAUAGAGUUUUGAGACUCGUCAAUGUUGCUAGCAAGAGAUACCUAACUAAUAAGGUGGACCGCUGCGUCACGGGUCUAGUAGCCCAGCAACAGUGCGUGGGCCCGCUCCACACGCCGCUAGCGGACUGCGCGGUCAUCGCCCUGUCGUACCACGAGCUCGUCGGCUCGGCCACCUCCAUCGGAACGCAGAACAUCAAGGGCCUGCUCGACCCCGCCAAGGGAGCGAGGCUGUCGCUUGGAGAGGCUCUUACCAACUUGGUGUUCGCCGGCAUCUCAUCUCUCGAAGACGUGAAGUGCUCGGGCAACUGGAUGUGGUCGGGCAAGACGGGCGGCGCGGGCGCAGCGCUCGUGGUGGCGUGCGACGCCGUGUGCGGCGCCAUGCGGGCGCUGGGAGUGGCCGUGGACGGCGGCAAGGACUCGCUGUCUAUGUGCGCGCAAGUCGCUGGAGACACAGUUCGUUCGCCUGGAACCCUAGUAGUGUCUACGUACGCGCCGUGCCCUGACAUCACUGUCAAAAUAGAACCGGCUCUCACAGCCGAGAACUCUGUGCUCGUCCACGUGCCCGUAUCAGCUGGGAAAUACAGAUUGGGAGGUUCUGCCUUGGCGCAGUGCUACAAGCAACUCGGCGACAACCCGCCUGAUCUCGACCAACCGGCCGUUCUGAAGUCACUGUUUAAGAUCACGCAGAAACUGUUGAAAGAAAAGAAGCUUCUAUCCGGCCACGACAUCAGCGAGGGAGGUUUCAUCACCACCGUCCUAGAGAUGGGCAUCGGUGGUCUCAGAGGUCUUCACAUAGAACUCCAAGCCCCCGUGUCGGCCAUCGAAGCGCUCUUUAAUGAAGAAUUGGGCAUCGUCGUAGAAGUUGCGCCUGAGAAUCUGCAAUACGUGCUCGCCGAGUAUAAUAAUAGUGGAGUGAAAGCGCAGAAGAUUGGUCUUACAGGGAAAUAUGGCAUGCGUUCUGAGGUCUCCGUAAAAGUGAAUGGCGAAUCAGUGUUGAAGACUCAGCUGAUAGACGUGUACAGAAUGUGGGAAGAGACGAGCUACCAGCUGGAGUGCCUGCAGGCCAAUUCCGAAUGCGUCAAACAGGAAUGGGAAGGUCUCGAGCGACGCAAGGGAGUGACGUACAACGUGACCUACGAUCCUACAGCCGCUGUGAUCAAGUCAAAAUCCGUCAGGGUUGCAGUUCUUCGUGAAGAAGGAACGAACGGCGACCGUGAAAUGAUCGCUUCACUGUUGAUGGCCAACUUCGAAGUCUUCGAUGUGACCAUGAGCGACUUGCAGAAAGGCAAAAUCACGCUUGACGCUUUCAAGGGACUUGUGUUCCCCGGUGGAUUCAGUUAUGCAGACACCCUAGGCUCAGCUAAAGGUUGGGCGGCCGGCAUCCUGUUCUCCAACUCGCUGAGCUCUCAGUUCGCCCACUUCAAGGAGCGACGCGACACUUUCUCCCUGGGCGUGUGUAACGGCUGCCAACUCAUGGCUCUGCUCGGCUGGAUCGACCCUGAGACCAACGCGCAAAACAAGACACAAGUGUUCUUGGCCCCUAAUACAUCGGAGAGAUUCGAAUGCCGCUGGAGCGCGGUAAAGAUCAGCGCCGGCAACGACGACGACGUGUGGUUCCGCGGCAUGGCGGGCAGCACGCUCGGCGUGUGGGUCGCGCACGGCGAGGGCCGCUUCACCGCCACCGACGCGGCGCUGGACAACAUGCAGGCGCAGCGGCAGAUCGCAAUGCAAUACGUCGACGACGAUGGGGCUCCUACUGAGACUUACCCGAUGAAUCCUAACGGCAGUCCGAUGGGCAUCGCCGGCGUGCGUUCCGUGGACGGGCGGCACGUGGCCAUGAUGCCGCACCCCGAGCGCUGCGUGCUGCGCUGGCAGUGCGCCGCGCCACCGCCCACACCGGCCACCCCGGCCACACCGGCCACCCCGGCCACACCGGCCACACCGCCCACACCGGCCACACGGGCCACCCCGGCGACACCGGCCAACGCCGACCUUCGCAGCCAGGCCUCGCCCUGGCUGACACUCUUCCGGAACGCAUACACGUGGGCUGCGAAACAUUAACCCCCGCAUUCGUUAAACAUUACGGGCCCGAUUUAGUUAAAUUAUGCUUUAUACCUUUCUUACAAAUACAUAAGUCGAAAUGACAGAAAAAGACAAACGAUUCAUAGCUAAUUCAAAUUCAGGCCAGUAACGCGUUUAUGAAUAACGCCAUAAAUCGUUCAACACGUUACGGAAAACGGGCCUCUUUCCUGUAGACAAUUUAUAAUUGUGUCGUUCUCAAGUAAAAGGUACCACAUUGCCGCUUGCCAUAAGGACGUUCUGACAGGUUAUUCGUAUACACAGAAAAAUUUCGUCCUUAUGGUAAGCGACAAAGUGGUAUUUUGCUUGAAAACGUCACAUUAUGUAGUUAAUACAUAUGUGACGUUUUCAACCAAAAGGUACCACAUUGUCGGUUGCCGAUAAGGUUGAUUUCUAAUUGAAGCUAUAUGAAAAUAGCGCCUUACUGACAAGCGACAAUAAGUACCCUUUUGGUUGAAAAUGGCACAUAUUAUAGUUAUGUAGGAUGCAUUUUAAGUCCAACAAGAAAUUGUAGAAAAUUAUUGAGGGCGCCACUUCCUACGUAACUGUCACAUGUUUGACGUAAAAUGCUUAAACAUGGCAACAAUUUAGUAUGGAAAUUUUUGUUCCAUUUUUUUUAAUUUUUACAAUUGUAUGUCGCACUAUACUAAGGCUUAUAUCAUACAACUUUUAAGAAGAUAGAACAUGCGUUUUUUCGACGCCGCGUCAAACACAAACAGUCAAUAAUUUUAUGAUAUCCACAGGAAAGACCCACUAACUCAUGCUAAAAAGUUUUUAACCAAGUGGUGAAUGUUGAUUGUGGAUGACUUUCCUGCCGUUAGAAUGCAUUUAGAAAUAGCUUUUAUUGGCUAUUGUGGUACUUUUUGAUUGAAAACGCUACAAGUAUCCUGACAUGCAAUAUUCAAUAUGCCUAUAUACGAGGGCAUUUGUAUAUUGUUAAUGCAGUGCAAGUAACAGAAACGCCUGCACACCAUACUUAAGGCGGUUCCCUGAGCCAGAAGGCGAAAAAUCUCCUUAUAUGAUCAUGUUUUUCUAAGAGGCGUUGAUAUUCGUAGACGUGGAAAAAAUAUAUGUAAUUCUUGACUAUAUUAUCUUUAAUUUUUAACAAGCAGAAACGUCUGCGAUCGAUGCUAUUAAGCUUAGAAUAAAUUUAAAAGUGGA